GCAUCACGGGAGCUGGAAGAUAUCAGCAAGGCGAUGGAGGUCUCUAGUCUCAGGCCAGGGAACACUGAAGGUACCCGCUGGCUACCACACACAUCGCAUGCCCUUGAGACCCUCAUGAAGAACUACAAGCCUCUACUUGUACACUUCGAGAACCACCCCAGAGAUCCCAAUUAGAGGGAAGCGAGUGCAGCCAUGAAGGGGAGGGCAAAGCUUAUAAUGAAGUCUCUUCAUCCACCUAAUGCUGGAUAUCCUUCAAGAACUGAAGCACCUCAGCCUCUUGUUCCAGAAAGACGGCAUCACACUCCAGAUGGUCUCGGAUGGGCUGCAGACAACAUGCAUGGUUUUUGUAGCUAUGCAGACAAACCCAGGCCCAAGGCUGCAGCGGUUCCUGACUGAAGUUGGGACUGGAUCCACCUGGCAAGGUGUUGAGAUCAACAGGAGCAGCAACGAUGAUGACAACUUCAACAACCUCAAGCUUCGCCUCACCAACAGGUUCUGUGAGUUUGUGUCAGAGCGUUUCAGGAGUCUCCAGACCGGUGUUCUGAAAGCGAUUUCCACACUCUUCGACUUGUCCAACUGGCCAGCAGACACCAACACCCUGGCUACAUUUGGCACCGCUGAACUGAAUGUCAUCAUGGAGCAUUUCCGCCCAGUCCUGGAGCCAUGCAAGGACUUUGAAUCUGAGGAUGCAGCAAGGCCAGAGUGGCUUGACCUCAAGAUCCUGGUUGCCUGUCACUACAGGCAUCUCGAUUCCCAGGUGAGUGAUCCUCCAAGGGUUUCCUCCUCAUUAACAGCAACAGUGUACUUAUAUAGCACAUUUCCUACAAGUUCAUUGCAGCCCAGUGUGCUUGGGUCCACAAAGAAUCCCAGUAUAAAAACAUGCCAGAUGAACAGACUUUCAACCCAGUCUCUCAGGUGCUGUGGCAGCGGCUGAUCCAGGGUGUCAUCGGAAGAGCCGACCAGUUCCAGCACAUGCAGGUGGUAGCAGAGAUCAGCCUUGUCCUCCCGAUGAGCAGCUCCAGCAGCGAGCGUGGUUUUUCCUGCAUGAAACGGGUGAAGUCGGACUGGAGGUCUCGCCUAGCCAAUGACACUCUUAACAGCCUCAUGCAAAUCUCAAUGCAUGGCCCUCCUCAUGACGAAUACAACCCAUUAAAUGCAGUCACUAAAUGGUGGAGUAGUGGCAGAAGGUCACGUAGGCCACAGCUCCGUGACUGCGGGUGUUGGUUGUCAUCUUGAAGCUAAACA